AUGGACGAAGAUAAUUUAAGCGGAGGAAGAAGAAUCGGAACAGUCAAAGCCGCCAUUAACAUGUACGGACAAAAAGCUACUCGAAGCGUCUCUCCUCUGCUUGAUUCGCCAGAAGUUAAGUCAUCUCCUUCUGUUGCGGAGGACUUGCAUAAGUCAGGAAGAGAGCUUGGAAUCUACAGAGAAAGCAGAAGAGCUUCCGACUCUGUAAAGGCAAAAGCGGAAACCGAACUCUGCAAGGCCAAAAAGACGGUACAAGAGCUAACAUUGCUAAUAGAAGAGUCGAAUCGCAGGUUAAAGUCUUCGAAAGCUGUGAAGAAGUUAAAGAUUGAUGAUGGAAAUGGAAAAUACGCUCAAAUCAUGAGAGAGUUAGAGGAUGUGAAGCAAGAACUGAGUAAGGUUAAGCUUGAUUUAGCAUAUGUUUUGAGAGAGAAGAUUGUAGCAGAGAAGGAAGUGAUUGAGUUAGGGAUUAAGAUGGAAGAUGAUUUGAAGUUGCUUGAGAGUCUUAAAUUAGAGGUUGAUGUUGCGAACGAGGAACAUGUUUUGGUUGAAUUGGCAAAGAUCGAAGCUUUGAAAGAAUGUAAAGAGGUUGAAGAAGAGAGAGAUAGAGAAAGAAGAGAAGUGGUUGAUUCGUUGGAGAAACGGAAGAAGAGAAUGAAAGAAAUGGUGAAAGAGAUUGAAAGAUCUAAGGAGGUUGAGAGUGUGUUAGCAGAGACUUUAGCAGAUAUCGAAAUGUUGGAGACUCAGCUGAUGCUUGUGAAGGCGAUGGAGAGGAAGGUGCAGAGGAAUGAUAGCAUGUCGAGGUCCAAGAACCGUUCUUUCGAGAGAGGGAAAGACAAUUUGUCGGUUUUGAAAGAAGUUACAGAAGCAACGGAAGCGAAGAAGGAAGAGCUCGCUUCUGUUAACGCAGAGAUGUUUUGUUUAGUUCAAAUAAUGGAUGCGUUGAGGCAAGAGCUUGAGGAAGCCAAGCAAGAAACAGCUCGGUUCGAUAAGAUGAUACGUAAGGAUGAUGCGAUGAUCGAGAAGCUCAAUGCGAAGCUGCUUGUGGGGAAAGCGAGGUUGGAAUCUGUGUCUGCAGCUGAAGCAAGAAUCAGUUCUCUUGCUGAUAACCUAACUUGUUCGUUUGAGAAGCUAAAGAACGAUAGAGAAGCUGCAAAGAGAGAAGAGGUUAAGCUUAAAGAAGAAGCCGUGUUUGUCAAGAAAACGGAAUUAGGGUUUGGUGGGAAGGAGAAAGAGUUGGUUUUUAAGUUAGAUGAGCUUGAGAAAGCCAAGGAAGCAGAGGUUUUAGCUAUGGAGAAGCUUGAAAGAAUGGUGGAGAAGACAAUGGAAGCUAGAGAGAUGGAGUCUCAGAGGAGUUCGACGAUCACUAUCUCGAGAUUUGAGUACGAGUACUUGAGUGGAGGAGCUCGUGAUGCUGAAGAAACUGCAGAGAAGAAAGUGGAAGCGGCAAUGGCGUGGGUGGAAGCACUUAGGGCAAGCACUAAGGCGAUUGUGAUAAAGACUGAGACUUUGAAGAGAGAGAGUGGGAAAACGAUGGUGGAAGAAGAGAGGGAAUCGUUUAGGAUGCAGAGGUCGUUGUCGAUAAAGAGACUUGUGCAGAAUGAGAUUGAGAAGUAUAAAGAGGGAUCUGAAGAAGACAGGGGCUUGGUGAUGUCUCCUAAACCGGUGAGAAGAUCGGUUAGGUUGAGUGGGAAGUUUACUCCGGUUCAGGGAGGGAAGUCGAGAAGGUACUCAUCAGGGAACAGAGGGACUCCGAGUUACUUUGUGAUCAAGAAGAAGAAGAAAGUUCCCAACUUGGUGAAAUUCUUUAGCCGGAAGAGAGAUAAGAGCUCUUAG